AUGUGGCUGAAGAAUUUAAACUUAAAAACACCACCAAAACAGCUGUUUGUGUGCUCAUUUCACCUCGUGGAUAAGAAGCCAACACAUGAUAACCCGUACCCAACGCUCUUUCUGGGUUAUGAGAAGCCACCGGAGAAGAAGAGACGCCGACCCAGGAUUCGACAUGGCACAACAACAACAGAUGAGCCUGAUUUGAUGGAUGUUUCUGGGGAGCCAGAUCCUUCCUCACAGACCUUCCAUGAUGCCCAGACACAGUGGUCAGACCCAGCAAUGGAGGACCACACCUACUCCAAAGGACCUACCAUCACAUGUGUUAUGACAACUGCCCCAUCCUCUAAGAGUUCGCUGUCUGUUGCAGAUGUUGUUUUAAAGGAUGAUGCUGACUGUCUGCUGUACACUGGGAUUCCACUGCUUGAAUUCAGAACUCUUGUGUCGUGCUUGCAACAUUUUGCUCCCACAUCAUCAUCAUUGUCAGCAGAGGACCAAAUCCUGCUGACAUUGAUGAAGCUUAGACAGAACUUUGUUAUUGCUGAUUUAGCAAGACGCUUCAAAAUGUCACCUGGUCAGGUCAGUAAAACACUGAAAUUCUGGAUAGACGCGAUUGCUGAGCACACCCAGGAUCUCAUUCCAUGGCUGCCUCGUGAAACAAUAAAGUCCACCUUGCCACAGGGUUUUAUGGACAAUUUUCCAAACACAACUUGUGUAAUUGACUGCACAGAAAGUGUCUUGCAGAAGGCUAAAAAUCUGGACUCAAGAACUGAAUCUUAUAGUCACUACUAUGCAAACAAUACUGUCAAGUAUCUAGUAGCAACUGCUCCAUCUGGGAUAAUUAUGUAUAUUUCAGAGGCUUAUGGUGGCAAAUGUAGCGAUAGAUUCAUCACACAGAACUCUGGGUUUCUCGACCAUUUGCGUCCUGGAGAUGAGGUGAUAGGGGACCGUGGCUUUACGAUCAGAGAUUUGCUAGAGGAACGGAAAGUUCGUUUGAUCACCCCAGCUUUUACGCGCAAGAAAUGCCAGCUGACAAAUGAGCAGGUCACUCGCACAAGACGCAUUGCUAAUGUCCGCAUACACAUUGAGCGCGCAAUCAGGCGUCUCAAGGUGUACAGAAUCCUCUCUCAAACUGUGCCUAUUCAUUUUGUCCCUAAAAUCGACAAAAUACUAAGAAUCUGUGCAGCACUUGUAAAUCUGCGAGGGGAGCUUAUUUCUAGAACAUAG